AGGAAUUUGUAUUUUUUUUACGAUAACAAAAGAAAAAUAAAAUAAUAUAUAGUUAAGUGGACAUCAAAUAUUUUCAUGAUUAAGUCAUCUAAGUAUUUGGAGGAUUUCUUUGUUUAAGAUAAUGAAGGAUUUGAAGGCGCUGAUCAUGAUGAGUUUGAUGCGAGCCACGAUAAAAAUUAAAAAGGGAGCACUUUACACAAAAGAAUAAAUUCUAGCAUAUUAGAGCAUAAAAUUCACAUAAAAGCCAAUGAAGAAGAUAAAAUUGAAAUAUCUUAAAAGAAUAAUGAAUUACCAGAGGCUAAUCCUCUGCUAAGCUCAUCUAAACCAACGGAUUUUAAACCUAGAAUACUGAUCAAAGAUUACUAAUAUAUGGAUUUGCCUUACAUUUUACAUAAUAAUGUGGAUACUAAGUAUAAAAAUAGACAUGAUUCUGAUUAAGAAGAUUAAAUUGUUCAAGAUACUCCUUCAACAACUAUUUAACAAGAAGAAGAAAUAUAAGGUGUACAGUAAGAUGAUGAAAAAAUAAGUUAAAGUUUGUAUCAAAAAUAUGAACUAUCUAAGAAAUAUGAAAAAGUAUAUUGCAAAUACAAGCAAGAAAAAAGUAUUGAAGAGUAAGUCAAGAGUUUUGCAGGCUAUUAUAUAAAUUUAAGCUAUGUUAUGGACUUUGGAAGCACUAUGUUUAAUACCUUUCAGGAAAACAAGAUGAAUAGGCCAGAAUAUAAUUACGAAUUUGAUCUUUAUAACCGUAUUGACCAAGGAAAAAAGGAAGAAUUCUCAUCCAAGCAAGAGCAGAUUUCAUUUGACAGUAGAUUCGAAUGUGGAAAUUUGUAUUAAGUUUACACAAAAAGUCCUAAUAAAGAAUACGAUUUACUUUUGUAGAACGAUAUAAAUACAAAGGGAUAUACAUAGUGGUUUUUUUUCAAAGUUUCAAAUUACAAAUUCAAAGGAUUAACUGUCAAAUUCAACAUAGUUAACAUCGCAAAACCUUCUUUACCUUUUAAGUAGGGUAUGAAAAUUUCAGUUUUUUCAUUAAAAGAAAAUAAGUUAAAAAAUAAUGGCUGGAUGAGAAAAGGAAAAGAUAUUUAAUAUUUUAAAAAUAAAAUUAUCAAAGAAUAAGAUCCUAAUUAAUAUUACUACACUCUUUCCUUUACCUACAGAUUUAAACAUGAGGAUGAUGAGAUCUAUUUUGCCAUGAACCCUCCAUAUUCUUAUACUAAAAUGACUAAACAUUUAGAUUAUGCGAUUAAUAAAUCACUAAAAGAAUAGCCAAACAUAAUAAUAAAAAAAGAUAUCUUAUGCUACAGUGUCAGUAAUAAUGCAGUGCCUUUGUUAUCGAUUACAGAAAAAUCACCUUCAGGAGGAGAAUCAAGCAAAGAGUAGCUCAAAAAUAAAAAUAAAAAGUUAAUUGUUAUUAUAGCGAGAUAGCAUCCAGGUGAGACAGUUUGCAGCUAUAAAAUGGAGGGUGUUAUUAACUUCUUGAUUAGUAAUGAACCAGAGGCUUAAUACUUAAGGCAAUAAUUUAUAUUUAAAAUAAUUCCAAUGAUGAACCCAGAUGGAGUAAUUUAUGGAAAUUUUAGAUGUAAUAUAUCAGGAGUAGAUAUUAAUCGUUAAUGGCAAUAGCCUUCUAGAAUACUCCAUCCUUCUGUUUAUCAUGCUAAAAAAAUGAUAGCUACAUCAAGAGAAGAGGGCUUAAGACUGGAAUACUUUAUAGAUUUGCAUGGACAUUCAAAAAAAAUGAACAGCUUCAUAUAUGCUUGUAGAAAAGAUGAAGAUUUAGUAUCAUGUAGAGUUUUUCCUGUUAUAUACUCAAAGAUUUCGUCAAUCUUUUAAUUCAAAGACUGUACAUUUAGUUUAGAAUAGUAUAAAGAAAGUGCUGCUAGAAUUGUGAUGUGGAAUGAAAUAAAUAAGAUAAGAGAGUAAUUUUUUGAAUGCUUUAACAUCUUUACUGUAGAGACUAGUUUUUUUGGUUAUAAAAUUGGUAAAAAGAAUGAACAUUUUUUGAUAUCUGAUUUGCUUGAGCUAGGAGAAGAUCUGCUUAAGUCAGUUUAUAUUAAUCAUAAGGGAGAAGAUAAGGAAUUGUAUCCUAAUAUUAAUAGACAAGAAAUAAUUGACAAAAUGAAUGAAGAUAUUCAAUAAUUUGUUGAAAAAGAAUCUAAGGAUAGUGGUAGUGAUUCUGAUCCUCUAGCUGAUGAAUUAAAUAUUGAUGAGAAAUUAGGAUCUAUCAUACCUAUUAAAAUAGCUAAGAAGUUAGGAUUCGAAUUAAAAACUAAGCAAAGUGAUAAAAUUUCUUCAAUUAUCUAACAAGUGAAUGGGAUGAAUAAUUCUGUUAAGGAUAAAAAUAAAAAAUAAAAAAAAAAAUCAAUUGGAAAUCAAAAGAAUAUCAUAUAAAAUGGGUAAUAAAUUAUUUUUUAGCAGCUAUAAACUUUGCCAUUAAAUAGCUAAGCAGUAAAUUCUCCAUAAAAAGAUUCUUAAGCAGCUUCCAAUUCUACAGGUAAAGCUAAAAAUAAUAAUGCUUAGGAUUUCUCUUAAAGUCUUAUGGGGACUUAAGUGGCUUCUUCUCUUAAAAAAAGAAACAGCUUACUCUUUUCUGAUUCAUAAGCUCAUAAAUUUUAAAACAAAUAAAAAUCAAAAUUUUAUAGAGGUUAGAGCGAAAAUAGAUCUAAUGUGCUAAAUUAUAAUGGAAUUACCUAUUUAACUACAGAAGAAAACACAAAAACGGUAAAUGUGAAUAAUAUUGAAACUACUCCUUUUUCUGCAAGUAAUAAUGAAAGUCAAAAUAUUUAAGCUUCUACGUCUAUUGUGAUUAUUAAUAACCCCGAAUUAAUUAAUUAACCCCACUAAGUAAUAUAAAGCAAUAGCAAUACCAAAAAAGUAAUUAUUUUUAACUCAACUAAUACAAGUAAUUUGAUAUAGCCAAGUGUAGCUAAAACCUCAACUCCAAUUUAAAGUUGUUUAAGUCCUUCUUAAAACCCUAAUACGAGUGCUCAGCAACCUUAAUAGACAAUCACUCUUAAUACAUUAAAAGAUCCAAGCAUUCUUUUCAUUACUGAGAAAAAUAAAAUAAAGCCAUCUCAACUAAACGAUAGUUAAGUGGACAAGUAAAGGACUACUUAGCAUGUAAGUUAAAGGAGUUAUGAUUAAUAAAUUGCUAAUUCUCCUCUAUCAAAUAAUGGUACUAAAUAAUAAACUGAAACACCUAUAAGAAGUAGACAUACUUCUGAUAUUUUACGCCAAUAAAUUACUACUAUUUAAAGCUUAUAAAAUUAACAAAAUUUGCAUAUCGCUUUUCAGACCACAUUAAAUUCUGCUAGCUUAUCAAAUAAUGGAACUAACAUUUUUAUUUAGGCCAAUUAAUUUAACACUUAACCAAAUAACUCAGAAUCUAACACAGUUUAAUUAAAUAAUAAUAGCAAUAUAGUUAUCAACAAUUACUAAUCCAACUAAAAUUAUAAUAACUAAUAAGGUCAAAACAAUAAAUAAACUUUUUAAAUUUCAGGCAAUAACAUAUAAAACACGACUGCUAAUAAGCAAACUACAGAAUAAAAUUUGGCGACUAAUAAUAGUAUAAUUAUAUAAAAUACAAGUGGGGAUUAAUCUAAUAAUUAAGCUAUAAAGAUUAAAAAUUCACCAAACCCAUCGUUUUAGAUUAAAUAACGAAACAUUAACGGUGGUGCUGUAGGGAUAAAAAAGCAAGAUCUAAGAACAAAAAGCUCAACUACUCAUUAAACACAACCCGCCAACAUCGAAAUGUAGCUUUAUUUAAGAAACAAAGCACUAAUGGGAAAUAAUAUGUCAGUGAUACAAAAUAAUAGUAAUUUUAUUAAUAAUAAUAAUUUGGGCAAUGCAAUUUCAAAUAGCUAAUUUCAAUAGUAGUAAUAAUAAAAUAAUACAAGUUCAUAGGUUGGGAGCAGUAAUUAUUCAAAUAACAGACUUGUUAACGUUGGAUAUUAGUCGCUUAUUUAAAAAGUUCAACUAUUAGGCAUGUAAAAAAGAGCCAAUACAAAAGAAUUUGAUGAGCCUAACUAAUCACCUUUAAAAUACUAACAUUCUCUGUAAACUCAAACUGAAAGAUAGAAUGGAUUAUCAUUCUUAUAAAGUAACUAAGGUAACAAUAAUAAUACCUAAGUUGCAAGUAAUAACUAAUUGGAAGAUAAUUUUUCAACAACUUUUUAAUCAAAAUAGUUUUAAUAAGCUAAAAUUAACAAAUAAAAAUUCAUCGAUAGACACUUAGUAAGAAGCACAAAUAAACCUUUAAGUUAACAUGUAAGAAAUAAUUAUUCUGCAUCAAAUAAAGACUCAAGUUAAGUCAAUAAAACAGAUUAAUCAUUUAUAGGAAGUAAUAAUAAUACGUAACCUGACGAAAACAAUAAAAAUCAAAGCUCUUCUCCUAAAAGAUAUAACACUCAGCUAAACAAUUAAAAGCUUGAAGUGUAUUUCACUAAUGCAAAUAAUACUGAGUUUAUUGUGUCUAACUAGUCAGACGUGAUAAAUGCAUAGUCUUUUGAUAUAAUCAACUCAAGUACAAAUGGGUUUAUGCAAUAGAACUAAAAAGUAAUAAAAAUUGCUUAAACAAAACUAAUUCCUAUCAAGGAUGAUUAAUCCUCUUCGAAUUAAGUUGAUAAUUCUUCAUCUUUGAUCAAGAACUUAGCAUCUCCUUUGUAGCUUUUAGGCAAAAAUCCUUCAUAAAAAAAGAUUCAGCUUUAGCAAAUUCAAUAAUAAAAUUAACAUACUUCUGACUUUGCUAAUCUUGCAAGAAAUACUUUAAGAAGCAACUCUCUGCAGAAGGGGACUUAUGUAUAGGUAAAGGAGCCUUCAGGUUAAGAUCCUCUCAUGCUCACUUUUACGAGAUUAAACAGAAAUUAAACUAAUAACAUUAACAACUCUAUGUAAAAGGAGCUAGCUGGUAUAGAUUCAAAUAGAAUGAAAAUUCAGCAAGCAAAUAUGACAAAAACAGAAGAAAUAAACUAUAACAAAAAAUAUUAAGCUGCAUAGCGUUCCUUGAAGCUAAAUUAAUUGAUGAUAAAUGAAGCUAGGAUUAAUUCUGCGAAUUAAAAUUCAUAUAUCCCAAACAAAUAAAUGUUAGCUUUUAAUGAUGCACACUUAGUUAACAAAAUUUGA